GGCACUGCUGAAUUAUGGUGAACUAGUGCCUUGUUUACAUUUCUCAGGUCCUAAACCCCAAAGAGACCCUCUCCAGCAACAUACGUCUUUGCAUGGGCAAUCUCAAUCAAGUCUGCUGCAUCCUGUGACACAUACAGUCGGAUUGCAUGCCUCAUCCCCGUUGACGGCGGGAAGGGUAUCUCUACACUAUGGCGACCACAGGCAACACACCAUGCACGCUGGAUCGGGUGACAGCAUUCGUGCUCCCGCUCCUACAGCAACACGCACAGCAUCAACAACAACUCGAAAGCAACCAACCGCGCCGACCAUUCUUUCUAGCAAUUUCCGGCAUCCAAGGCAGCGGCAAGAGCACCCUCGCAUCUGCAUUACAGGACGCCCUGGCACAUUCCUCCCACCCCGGCCUUCACGUGGCAUGUGUCUCGAUCGACGACUUCUACCUCAAGAAGGAUGACCUCGAUGCUCUGUCGCGGGCUUUCCCGGGGAAUCGGCUGGUGUCGGUCCGAGGUCCCCCGGGGACCCACGACGUGCAUCUCGCUGCGCGCACCAUGGAGGCGCUGGCCGAAAGUCCCCCGUCGUGGCCAGGGGGAUCAUCGUGGGCGAUACCGAAGUAUGACAAAGGGGCAUUCGGCGGCCGCGGCGACAGACUCCCGUCGAGUGGAUGGGAGCCCAUCACGGCCCCGGUCGAUGUGGUCAUCCUCGAGGGAUGGUGUCUGGGGUUCCAGCCCCUGUCCGCGGACGAGCUGGAGACGGCGAUCGCCGAGGCCACGAGCGAGCAUGCGGCGGGGACGCCAUCGUGGAGAGAUAGCCCCGGUUCUGCGGCGCUGCAGCAGCACGCCUCCGAGCACCUGCGGUACAUGAAUCACGCCCUCGCGGGGUAUAGCCGGGACGGCGGGGGGGUGACGGCUUUCACCGAGAAAGUCAACUGGGAUGCGUUCAUCCAUCUCGACACCGAUGACCUGCAGAAUGUGUACACAUGGCGUUGGGAGCAAGAGGCGAAACUGAGGGCCACGACGGGGAACGGAAUGGCCGCGGAGGAAGUGCAGAGAUUCAUUGAUAACUAUAUGCCUGCUUAUCACCUCUACAUUGAUCGUCUGCGAAGAGGGGUCGUCCCCAAAGGGAGACAGUUGAGAUUGGUUCUUGACAGUUAUAGAACUAUUAGGGAGGUCGAGGUGAUAUAGUAAUGAACGUUGAUGUUGGACUUGCUUGUCUACAGACCCAACCCAUCUGAGAUACGUGACAUAGAUAUGUAUGAUGUUGAUGAACUUGAGAUCAG